AUGUCGCUCAAGGUCCUGAUCUUGGCCGUGGUGGCCACCGUUGCUACCGCCAAUAUGUAUGGCAGUUACGGAGGAGGCGGUUAUGGAGGUGGCCUUGGAGGCUGGGGCGGGGGCCUUAGCGGUGGCUGGGGCGGGGGCUGGGGUGGGGGCCUUAGCGGGGGCUUUGGCGGCCAUGGCGGAGGCUGGGGUGGAAUUGGUGGCGGAUACGGCGGCUAUGGUGGAUAUGGCGGCGGUCUUAGCGGAUUCGGAGGCGGUCUUGGUGGACUAAGCGGCGGUUUCGGUGUAAUAGGCAGCGGUUUUGGUAGAAUCGGCGGCGGCCAUGGUGGAUACGGCAGAAGCUACUAG